AUGAAACAACAUAACACGAGACUCACCGCUUGCUUAGUUUUCAUAGUUUUAGUUUCAUAUUUUCUAGGCCCUGUUUUCUCGGGAACUAGUUGCAGUCUAAAUCAAAAUUCUCCUCGAGAUGUGAGACCCAUAUGUCUGUUUGCAAGAUGCCCUAGAAGGAGAAGAUCAAACUCAAAGAGAACAUUUAAGUAUAAAAAGGUAAGAAGUUAGAUAGUGUUUGUUAUGUAUUUGGUUUUCUGGCGCAAAUUAUUCAAAAUAGCGCCUUCCACGAUUGUCAGUUUAGGAUAACAUUUACAAGAAGCUAUUCUCAUUACUUUAAGAAAAAAAAAACUAUAUGAAGUCUGAUGCGUGAUACAUAGCCUACAACUCCUUUUUUUUCUUUCUUUCUCCGUGUAAGUGUAUUUUCUUUCUUUUACUCAGUGGCAACGCAUGAUUCUAUUCUUUAUUGUCCGUUGUCUAAAACUGAAUAAACACACGGGUGACGUCAGGAGCGCAUAAAAUUAUUCUGUUGACUUGAAUUACUCAUAAUCAUCCUAACUUGCGAAAUAAAUUUAAAGUAAUUAGUGUCUGAUUUCCUAAAGAUGUCGAGGUCGGUAACGAUAAGGCUUGGACUGAGAAAACUGGCUCACCAAUGCGCUAUAAAUCUCGCGUACCAACACAGCGGCAGGGCAGAGUUUUUUUGUUUUUUUUUUUCCAUCAUGAGUCCAUUCAUGCUUCAUCAUCGUAAAUCAUAUCGUCUGCUACAUUCAACAAAUCUCCUGCCGGUAAAGGGAGAGACUAAAUAAGAUUGGGCCUCGUCGCUCUUGCUUGGAAGUAUAGGGCGCCGCUGGGUAGCAUGGGGCGCCAUCUUUGCUCCUGCUGGAAAGUAUAAGGUGUCUUCCAUGGAUCUCCUCCGAACUCUGUUUUUGGCUGUUCUUUUUACCUGGCACUAUGCAAAAUUCCUUUCGCGUAACCUUUGUGAUUCCUAUCAUAAAUAUUUCAUGGUUCAUAUAUCCGCAAAAAUAUAUAAAUACUAUGAAUGAGUAAAUAAGUCAACAAAGAAAAGUGAAUAGUAAUUAAAAAAACGUCAACUUCAAAUUCAAAUUGAAUCCCAAUUCAAGUCCCCACGCAGUUGUUACUUCACCACCUACAGCGAUAUCAAAGAAGAAAUAGAUAUAUAUAACAUUUUUUUAUCAACGUUUACACUUGUUAUUUUGGAAAUAGUUGUGUACGUUUCAAAAAAAUCACUACUAAUUAGGAGGUGAGUCGCAAUACCUCAUAUUGCAGCACGGGAUAAGACCAAGUAAUGAAAUGCUCUCGAGUUUACCAGUCGGCUGCACAAACGAGCGGGUAUGCAGUGAGUCUAAAAAUAGCAUGUACGUAAUGCUUAGCAUCUAUUCUCAAACAUUUGACCAUCCGAUUUUCGCCUAUGGGUCUGUGUACAUGGAAGUGGGGGACCCCAGGUAGGUGAGGUAACCCGCCUAGCCGUGGUCGAAAAAUAAAACGCGUUUACAUACAAUCUUACGACCCCGGGGUGCUGGGGUGAGGUUUCUUGAGGUUGUUGUUACGCUUGAAAUUAGGGAGUUCUAGCAUAGGCGUCCCAAGCUCACGUCUCGAGAAAGACGGAGGAUUUAUUCUUGGAAAGAUAUGUAUUUAUCCAGGAAAGCGUCACGCGUUGUGUUACGCGAUGUUAGGUUACGCAAGAAAGCAUAGACUUAAUACGCUAUACGAAAUAGUUUGAAAUAUAGUCGAUUUACAACGCUAAACAUUCCGAAAUGUGAACAUUUUACACUUAUUGUGUGUCUGUUGUUGUUUCUGGUGAUUUCUGCCACGAAACGGCUGGGAAAUAUACAAAGUUUUAAAACAUACAUGUUUCGCUUUUGAGCAUUUGAGCUUUUUGCCGCAACUCAACGCGACCCAAGGGUAGGCGGGUUACCCCACCUUGAGACGCGGGUCAUCCUUCUUAUCGUGAACGUGAUCAAGAAAAAAUAAGAAAUUAUAUGGACAGACAGAUCACCCCACCAAGGCGAGUUACCUCACCUACCUGGGAUCCCCCACCUCCAUGUAAACAGGCCCUAUACUCGGGACAAAAUGUGGUAAUUCUCCCGCGGCCUUCUGUACCACUACCACAACGUAAUUGAUCACCACAAUACAAAGGCAUGUAUCCAAAUAGUUGAGCAUAAAUAACCAUGCAUUUAUAAUAACCAUUCCGUCCAUUAAAAGAAAAAAAAAUUAAUCCAUAGGAUAUAAGAGGUUUUAUAACAUAGCGCGCGUGCUUGUUCUAUAUAAGUCCUAUCGAGCCGCUAUGAACAAAAUCUUUAUUUACGCACGGGCGUACGUAAAGAAGAUGACGAGAGCAUUUUUCUGCAAGUUUCCUGCAGUCUGUCUUCUCCAAUUGCGCCGUGCACGGCAGCGCAAACAUUGUUUUGAACAAUCAAAACCCUUGAUAAUUUCGGGUUUUUGACUUUUAAAACAUUUUUUUAGUGACACUUGAGUUCAUUUAGCUUUGAUUUUCUCCAUUUCCCCCAUAAAUGUUGAGCUUUUCAUCCACAGUUAUCGGUUAACUGGAUCAAAUGUCCUCGCUCAAACCAAAGUAUAAAGUGUGGCAUGUUUUUGACCAGCCAAUAGGGACGUUUGUUUACUUUUUUUGUGCGUUGUGAGAAUUUUGCACUCUAUCCGGCACAAUAAAAGGCUUCUUCGCGCAGAUCCAUGUUGUCGCUCUGUUAUAUAGAAUUUGCUCAUGCUUUUUGCUGUGCGUAUAUCGAGUUAUGGAUGCACUUAGGAAGUUUAGAGAGCACUCAAAAAGCUAGAGUUGCUCUCACGCAUUUUUCGUGCUCUCCAAACUUCCCGUGUGCAUUCAUAACUCGAUAUACGCACGCUAAGCAUGAAAAAAUUCUUAAAUAACAUAGCGCGCGUGCUUGCCCUAUAUAAGUCCUUUUGAUCCGCUAUGAACAAAAUCUUUAUUUACGCACGCCCGUACGUAAACAAGAUGACGUGAGCAUUUUUUUUCACCUGGCUUCAGAGUUUCCGUUCUGUUAAGCUGCAGUGCAGUUUUCCUUCUCUUUGAAAUAUGGAAGAAACCAGCAAUUGCACCGUGCACGGCAGCGUAAACAUUAUUUUGGACAAUCAAAACCCUCGAUAACUUCGGGUCUUUGACUUUUAAAACAUUUUUACUGACACAAAUUUGGCUUUGAUUUUCCCCAUUUUCCCCGUAAAUUUUUAGCUUUUCAUUCACAGUUACCGGUUAAACCAAAGUAUGAAAUGUGUCGUGUUUUUGACCAGCCAAUAGGGACGUUUGUUUACUUUUUUCAGGAUGUGGGAAUUUUGCACUCUAUCAUAAUAAAAGGCUUCUCAUGCUUUUAGCUGUGCGUAUAUCGAGUUAUGGAUGCACUUGGGAAGUUUACAGAGCAAUCAAAAAGCUAUAGUUGCUGUCGGCUGCGCCUCGGGCUACUCUUACGAGUUUUUUGUGCUCUCCAAACUUCCCGCUUGCAUCUAUAACUCGAUAUACGCACGCUAAGCAUGAACAAAUUCUUAAUUAUCAACUAAGUUAAAAGUCAGGAUCAACCACACCCUGUUCUUUUAUUUAAAUACAGGAAACAACAAAAUUUUUUUAGCUAUAACCGUCAUAAUUCUUUAAAUUGGUGAUCUAAGAAACAGUAAUCAUAACCGAACUUGUGGCUGGGAUACAUCUACAAGAUACAUAAGGAAAGAGCAAAGAGCGUUACGCUUGCAAUACAUGACUAUUGUCAUUAAUUUUUGUGAUUUCGUUGCUGAUGCUAUUCUUGAGUUGUUUGGAUUUGUGGUUUUUGUUGUUGUUGUUGGUUACUUCUUUUCCCUACAAUGCUCAUCGGUAGAUUGGAGUUUGCAACUAAUCGACCCAGAAUUUUUGUGCUUUCAAAAUUAUUGUCAGCUCUGGGGAUGCCAAACAUAAAAUAACUUCCUAUAGGGAUCCAAGGAUAAUGCUUAGAGACAAGCAAAAAACAACAACAAUAACAAAUAGAAAUAAAUAAGAAACAAAAUAAGAAAGAAAAAAAAAUAGCAGAAAGGAGAGAUUGUAAUGCAAGCCAGUCUAGAGAAUUUUCGAUAACAUAUUUUAGAGAAAAAAUUUAUACAGUUCUUCUCAUUUUGUGUUGAAAUGCUCAAAUCAUGCUAUUUUCCAUGUACACUUUAUAGCCUCUUGUAGCUGGUCACAUGUUUCCAGUCUCUCGCGCCGCAAAAAGGAGGCGCCAGACUGAUCGUUGGGACGAUAAAAACUAAGUAUCUCCACGACAAUGACCGAGUAAAUAAGUGCCGCGAAAUUUAAAACUAUGGUUUAACCAAAGCCGACGGAUAAUCGUCCUGGUAAUAAAGAUAAAUAAAGCUAUCAACAUCUUUUAUCAAAUAGAGUUUGAUCCGCAGGUAAAUUUUAUAUUUGUUUUUAAGUUAGACGCCAGUAUGUAUCUAUACAUGGCAGAAGUUGAGAAUGUCACAGGUUUUUCUACAUCAGACUAUAUGGUAAGGAAAUUUCAUGAAUUGAAGCAGUUAGGCUCUUUUAUCUGCCACUUUUUGGCUUUAUCUGUGUUUACUUUUUUCCCCCACAUUCUUGCUUUUAAUGCACUUGUUUUCGUUUUUCUAACUUUUUAUAUUCUUUAAAGGCGCGUACGUUUAUUCUCGCAGAUAUGUAUUCAAUGCCAUUAUUAAAAACAUUGCAGAUGUCAUAAGGUGUAUUAUUUUGAAACCACUAUUUCAAUUUAAUUUUAGCUUGGUUUAUUUUAGAAUCGACAGGCAUAGGAAACAAUUAGGAAUCCUUUCUUCAUAAAAAAUAACAGUUCAAAGAAGAAAAGGCAAUUUUUCAUCGUUAAAAACCAUUAAGACAGAGAGUUGUCGGAAUAUUCAAUUAAUGGACAUUGUGAAAGAUUGAUUUCCUUUUGAUUCUGGGCAAUGUUUUACGGAUGAAUUCCAAGUUUAUCUGCUAUCGAAGUCUGUUGUUUUUGGCUUCUUUUUUUGUUUUUAUCGCACAGACUAUUUACAUCUUCAAUCUAACAUAGGGACUAAUCUUUUCAACCACAGGCGCAAUCAAUCUUUUGCAAGGAGCAUUCACUACCAUUUAUAAUCGACGCUGGUUAUGUAAACAUCAUUUUUUAUAGAUGUUCGCUACCUCCCUGUAUUUCCUUCUUGAGGAAAAAAUAAUUCAAACUGAUGGGUCAGCUGUUAUUAGCUGGGAGUAAGGCACACAACAACAUGCGUUUAUGCAAGUCACAAAUAGUCAGUAGCGUCAUCUUUUCAUUCAUGCAAGUUUUUAAUUACGUAUUUGCGUAGUUUGCGCUUCCGCCGGUACAAUAAAAGCUUUAUUCUUCAGACAAGCCAUAGAAAUCACGAGCAAACCAAUGGCGGAAAGUGUCAAAAGAAGGCAAUUUUGAAGGUCGAAACAAACACUAUACUAUUUGAAAAGUCAUUCCUAAUAGUCGCUCUCAUAUGGAAAAUUUCUCGAAGGUUGUUAGUUAAAUGGGUCGAUGUUCAUUUUAUUAAAGAGGCAACAGGAAUUCUGGGAAUUCAGAUCAUUCCGCGCAGAUGCUGAGUACUGUAUCCAAAAACUUUUACAUCUGAGACAUAUACAGGACUAAUUAAUCAAGAGUAACUUUGAAUUUUUGAUAACUUACUGUUACUUAUUUCACUUGGAAAUCAGCAGCAGCUUCCAUAUUGCUAGCCCAUUAUGGCAAAGCUCUUUCACUUAGUAACCUGGCCUUUUUAUUUGACGCGUUAUUUUCGCCGGUUAGGUGUCUUCUAGAUUUUGGCGAAAGGGUUUUCCCUUACAAAACAAACUAGGCAACUUAAACUGGAAAAGUGAGUCAAAAGUAAUCGCAAAUCAGGACUUUUCCGGAAUAAGGGUAAACAAAUAUGAAUUUUUAGCAAGCUUUACCCCUUUAAUUCCCAGAAGUGAUUAAUGUGUCACUUCUCCCUAUAAUAUCUAAACAUUAUCAACGAAACAGUUCAUGUGAAUAUUCAAACUUAUCAGGUAGAAGUUGUUAUCUCGAUCUAAAACCAAAUUCUCAUAACUUAUUUACAAAGAGAAUUAGCAAUCAGAUCUUGGGACUUAAGGGUUAAAUCAGAUGAGUUUUGUCUCUGAUUAGAUCUAAUCAGAGAUAUCGGAUCCAAUGUACAAAACUAACAGCGAAGAAUUAUGAAAAUUUCGAUUUUUUUCUCCUGUGUUACCCUUUGGUGGUGUCCGGGGGGAGAGGCGAAGGCUCUUGGAGUUAACAAGGUCUGAAAAAUUAACCCAUAAAUUCAAUUUUUUCUUUAGUACAACAGAGGCAAAAAAGCUGGAAAUAUCGGCUUGAAAUAUUCGGAAACAUAUUGAUUACAAGGUUGUACAUCUCAGCCAUCUUAAACACCCCACUUAUUCGUUUCAUUGAGUUUCUUUUACAGCUGUUUCAUUGUAAUUUCUCGCCUCAUUAACAUCGUGAAAACUGCAUGGCUUCAUUUACGCUGGUUAAUUUACUGAGUUACGAUAAUUUUAGAAAAGACUGUUUAUGGAAGAUGUAAAGAAGAGGAAAUUAAAGUAACAUUUAUCAAAAAGAAUGUUUACCCUCGACAGCGGUAUAAACGAUGAGGAAAGUAAAAAAAAUCUCGAAGCAAACAAAAAAAAAAACCAUACGCGUCAGCGUCAUUUUAUUCUCUUCUGAAAAUUCAUGACAACUGAGGCCACUGAAAUUUGACAGCCGUGUCAGUUGAUGGAAUUGACUCAUGCUGGGAACAUAAUAUUUAUCAAAAUUCAAAACGAUUGUUCAGAAAUAGAUUAUUUAAGCAACGAUUAGCCGAACGUGCUAAUUAAACAAGAUUUGUUUAACGACGCCGCUAAGGAAAGAGGCUAUUAUGGUUUAUUCGAAUACAGAUGUUCAGUUACCAUAGAGAAAGCUAUUUAACCCAAUCAAUUACGCACAUUUUGAAAGGAAAUAUUCUCUGCGUGGUAAAUUGAUUUUAAUAUAUGCGGCACUUUGAGUCAAUAAAACGCGAGAAACGAUAUAAACCGAUAACAACUGCUUAAGCACUCAUACGUUUCGGGUCGAGCAUUGUCAAGUUUCAACAAAGUCAAAAAAAGAUCUCAGCUUGGAACUUCAACGACUUUAACGGUUACAGUGGUGAAGACUUACUAAGAUCAGGCCUGAAAUCAAAAUGAAAAACGCUAAACAAACCAAAAGAUUCUCCUUUUCAACCAUGUUUCUUUUUUUGAUAAUUGUUGCGGCAGUCACUGCUAAAGCGACACAAAAAGACAGUUUUCAUCAAAUUGAUGCCGCCAUUGACGAGUACGCGGCCACGAAGAAACAGGCGCGCGGAUGGAGAGUUUGCCACAGCGGGAAAUGUUCUAAUAGCCGCGGCCGUAAAAGAGGAAUGAAAAGGGUAAGCUAUUAAGACAUGCUUUUGGGAGCAAUUUAAAACUUUAACGCGAAUUAGCCGUUAGUAAUGUUUUAAGGUGAUCAAGGUGAUUGAACGAAUUGACUAGGGCCACCGAACAUCACCAAGCAACAGUUUCAACGACAAAUUUCCUUUCAUCGCCAUCAUUUCAUUUCGGUGGGAAAAAAAAGACUUCACACUUGAUUCUUUAAAACAGUAACAAAAGUUAAUUCAGGAAAACUACACGAUGAGGGCGAAGGGGUAAAAAGUUUGGCUAUGGAUUGAAAAGAUCCGUUUUGAACUUUAGCGUCCAACCAUUGGAAUUCCAAGCUCCUGUUUACCGUUGCUUGUCAGUUUUUGUCGCGUUCUAUUGACUUUUGAACGAAAUUUCGUUACAGGCAGAUCAACGAAACAGCGUCUUGAUAAAUUGGAUGAUUUCAAAAGUGAAUGUUGACUUGAUCUAUUCUGGCUAGAUUAAGGGGGUGUUAUUAUCCUUUUCAAACCACUGACUAAGUUAAGGUGGAAAGUAUAACAGAUGGUACGAUAAUCCUUUCAGUAUGCUAAUGAGAGGAGAUGUUUUUGUAGGAUCGGCAGACACUGUUUCACUUGGUCUUUCUUCAAUACGAUUGACUUCGGUCGCCUGUCAUGUACCACAAGUUUGAAUCCUUUCACUUGCAACCGAACUCAUUAAGUCGCUAAUUAUAAGAUCUAUUGAUCUUGCAGCUAAGUCACAAAUGUUUACCCGGCAUUGUUUAUUCGGCUGAGAUUAAAACUUUCACGAGAGGCAAGAUAUGCUAAUGGUUGAUAUUCUAAUCCAAACGCACAAAUUAUUAAUCAUCAUUUGCAACGUUCAGCGGCUGAUUUGAAAAUCCCUCCCACCCAGCGUUUUGUUCAGCAGUUCUCAGCCUUCCAUUAUUUUUAUCAAUAUCUCCUUUUCUCAAUUAUCUAAUAACAACGUGACAGACCAAGAAGCUGAGAAAAAUUCCGACAAAAAUAAAACGAAUAUUUAUUACACAUUUAUGAUUUCGAAAUUACAACCUGUCUGUCUCCAUUAAGUAUCGCACUGGUAAUGUUCUACUCUCGCUUACGCUUGACACAUCAAGAGAAGUGAGGGCGAUAUUUACAUAACAAACAAGUAGGAGCGAUUUUUAUGAAACUAUUAUUGAAGGAUAUUGCAGUCCAUUCAGCGACUAGAAGCUCUGUUUUAAUUUAGGUAGUUGCAAGCUAUCUUACAAGUGUUUUCUGAAAAUUAAAAAUAAUCCAUUUACUGAGAGAAAAAAAGGAAUCUUAGGCCUAAAGCUUGGAUAAGAUAACGAUCAAACAACCAAACAGUUGGUGAAAGAAAGGUUCCUGAGUGGUAACUGGCGCCUCAUGGGCGGGAUUUUUAUUUGCAUUACUCAAACAAAACAGUUAAUUGCAUUGAACUGAAAUCAGCCAGGCGGAAAGAGUACCGUUUUUUUGGCGUAAGCAAUCACUGGGAUGGUUGCUAAAGGUUGGUUGUAAGAUAUCGGUCAGACAUAUAUCGUAUCAUAUAUCAUACCGAGAUGAAUACGAUUUUCAUUUAAACUUGGUUUACUCAAAGAAUGGCUUUUCGAUUAAAAUCGAAGGUUCAUUUUUCAAAAGAUUUCAAACUUAACUUCAACGGUCUCGAAUAGAUGCAAAUUACAAAGGAAUUUGAAUGAGGUUUAACCAACCAAAAUUAAAGAAUUAGGCUGGGGUAAAGGAAGAAAAUCGAUCAGUUAACUCAAAUAGAUUUUUAAAAAUUGACUGAGUGUAAUUGGACACAAAACUUUAAUGACGAGGUAAUUUCUUACAUCAGCAGCCGACUGACAUUGAUCGGCCUCUUUCCUGACUGAUUUACGUCUCAACAGCUCAAACUGUCUAUCAGUUGCAUACGAAUAUUACUCCAUACACACGAAUAGAUAUCGAUGACUAUUUAGUAAAGUCGAAUCUUCUUCUAUUAUCUAUUUUCAAAGUCUUUAUCCCAGCAAUAGUGGCUGAUUCAGCAGCUUUCAAGCAAGAUGUUCAUGUUGCCAGUCCGCAGGAAUUUAAGAAUGUGGUAGAAGUCUCCUCUCUUUCCAGUCAAGAUUUCUUGUAGACAUUAUUAUUUUAUCUUUUAUCGGGAUUUAUAUUUACUCGUAGACAUAAAUGUAGUGACGCUUAUCUGAAUUUUUGCAGGCUCGACCACAUUUCAAAGAGGAUCUGCAAGAUUUCCAAAUCACCAGCCAAGAGGAUAUCGACAUACCACCAGCAGAAGCAAGGACGUUAAAACAUUGGAAAGACGACUUCCAAUCGUAAUUUAAAGAAACCUCUAAAACAGGUAAGCAAAAAUUCAUAUUAUUACCGAUCAACAAGAAAGCUACCCUACAAUAUUGUUUUUCUAGGCAGGAAGUGCCAUGAAGGAGUCCCCAGUGUUUCUUUUUUCUAUUGUUGCAAUGGUUUCUUUCCUUCUUUAUGUACAUAUUUUUGCUGUUGUUUUUUCUUAUUUUUGAUUUUUCCUUAUCAUUAUAUUGCUGACUAGCAGGUAUAGGAUUUCUUUGUUCCAAAAUGGCGUUGAAAAUCAGCCAUCAGGAGAUAACCUUAUGCCGAACGUUUCGCCAUAGUCUCGCUGUGCUUACUAUAAGAAUAAAAUUUCAUUUAAGGAAAUGAUAGACACAACGUUAACAAUCAUUCCAUUCAUCAGUCAUGCCGCUGUCGCGUUUUUGUAUAUUUAAUUUCUGCAGAGCAGUGGCGUUUGGGCACCACCCGGCUUCCCAAAUGCAAUUAUAGAUGUAGAACUUGUCCUCGCAAGCUGUGUUCCUUUUAAAACUGUAGUUCAUUACACAAGCAACCCCUCUAGCCUUUCAACAUACUUUCCCCACCCCUCCUCCUGAACACUGAAAUCUUAUUUAUACGCAGAAUUUUCCCUUUUGUUUCUCCUUCUCAUUCCAGAUUGCCGUUUCACUAUCUACUAUAUUCGUUUACUGGAUGUCAAGUCUAAGUCUUCAUAUUGUUUAACAACAUUUUGGAAAAUAUCAAGUAUCGAUGGUCUUCAGAACUAACAACUAAUGAAAGAAAGCAAAGUAUUAAAAAACUAAAAGAUCUUCAAAUUAACUUAUGGUAGUAAAAUUCAUGUGAACACAAUAAAAGUUAUCGC